AUGGAGAAAAAUCCCUCCUUAUUUUGGAUGGACUCUAGGACAGACUGUGAAACAGCAGGACAAGGUAAAGAGAGCAGUCAAGAACGGGUCAGACGACCCAUGAAUGCAUUCAUACUAUGGUCCCGACAUCAGAGGCGCCUGGUAGCUCGGGAGAAUCCUAGAAUGCAGAACUCAGACAUCAGCAAACAGCUGGGACACCAGUGGAAAAAGCUUACAGAGGCUGAAAAAUGGCCAUUCUUCCAGGAGGCGCAGAGACUACAGGCUGUACACAAAGAGAAAUACCCAGGCUAUAAGUACAGACCUCGCCGAAAGGUUCUUCAGAAGAGCAGCAGUUUGCUACAGGCACAGCCCUCUUGCAGCCUGAGCAGCUGCAUAUGGAUGGACAAAAGGUUGCAUGCUUGCACAAACAUGUUUGGCACCACUACAACCACACACUCAGCAAUGGAGGACCGUCUGAUCCAUUCACAGACAGCAAAUGCAGGCAGCUCUUCACUGAUGCAACCAGUGCCACAGCAGCUGCAAAAACUGCCAAGACAACCAGGUAAAAUUUACUAG